UUCACACACGCGGAACCUCUCGGUAGUUGCAAAUAUCCGCUUAUCACUUUAAAAGCAGUGUUGCACUUCUUGAUUUCGGGACUUCAAAAAUGUCAGAACAUAUUUGCAACCUUGGAAAUUUUGAUAUAUCAUGCAAUAGUGUCCAUGGUGAAGAAAACCGAUCGUCAGCUGAAUCAUAUUCUUGUCCGACAAGAACAGGAAGAAAUAUUUGUCUCUUUGACACAAAAGUCGGAAUGCAUGCUGAGGGAAAUGGAUGUCACCAAACUAAAGGAGCAAGACGGUUGUACCAGCAGAAAGAAAUGUUAAGACCAGGUUCUCGGCUUUACAAUGGAUGCAGCUUUUCAGACGGAAUAGAUGCUUCUUUUGUAGAGGAGCUGGAAACCAUCUCAUCAAGCCUGACACAUCUACUGAAUAAGACUAGGCAGAGAGCUGAAAGAAAUGCCAUUUUCUCAGACUAUGGGGUUCCAAAUGAUACACCAUCGUGGACAAACGAGAAUGUUGAUGACAUGUGCUCUGCUUAUGGUUUCAAUACUUCAGCAGAUGAUGUAGAGAAGAAGAGAUAUGAGACGGAAAAUUCUCUUAUGAAUGACCAAAUAGCAGAACUUCAAAGCCUUCUACCAGGACACAUUGAUCGAGUAUCAUGGCACACGACUGAUUCCAUUUUGAAGGCGUCUGUUGACUAUAUUAAAAGGCAUAGACACGACCAUGAUCGUAUUCAGCAAUUAAAAGACAAAUUGAGGGAACGUGACCUUGAGAUUAGGAAAAUGAUGUUAAGACUCGAGAGAUUAGAAUUACUUACUGCAGCAAGGCUCACAGAAAGACGUGGUCAGAUGUAAUGAAACAACGAUCCACACUCUGAGAAAAUAUACUUCGAGAUCUAAAACAGUUUCAGCAUUUAACAGCACUAACGAUAACUAACGUCAAUAAAUAAAUGUGAAUGGUUACUGAAAGAAACUAUUAAACAUUACAACAUGUAAAUUCUUCAGUUAACCGGAUGAGGGUACUGUAAUAAAAGUUAGAUUUUGGUAACUAUUAUUAGUUACACUGUUUGCUGGUGACAGGAUACGGGAUAUACGCUGUCUC